AUGUACAAGAGAGCAACGAUCAUCUGCGCUUUGGCGCUUAUCCAGACCAUCACUGCUCAGUGCAUUGGAGCAUACCCCGGAUAUGCGCCUGAUACGCUUGCUGCACCUUACGGCCGUUGCAUUGGCGCGCCCUUCGCUGAAACCGCGUGGGCAACUCCCUACGGAAUUGGAGAAAUUGAAGGUUGGGGUUUCGGAGCUGGGCUUGCUCCCGCUUCCCUUGCUGCCUCCAAUGGUGCUGGACUUGCCGUAACUAGUGCUUCAGCCAUUGCUCCUACUGGUGUCUCAGUACUAUCUGAGAACGCAUACGAAGGUCCUCUAGGUGUUACUGGUACUGUACCAUUCUUAGGAGUAGUUGCUUUGGAAGGUGCUCUACCAACUGCCGGUGCUGGAGCUGUCAAUUACGCCUGUGGUAACGGUGACGUGGCUAUCUUAGCUGAGGAUAUAAAUUCUGUUGGCUUAAACGCUCCCUUCGGAUUUAAUGCUUUAGCGGGGCCACUAGUUGCAUACGAUGGUUUGAAUGGACCUUAUGGAGGCAACGCUUUACUGAGACCUUUUGCAUAUGAUGGUGUUGUAGGACCUGCCUGUGGUGCAUACGGCUAUAAUGGUUUAUAUUACUAGUAAAUGAAUUAUGAUAUUAUAUACAAAUAUAUAAUAAAAUAAAAUUGUUUUAAAGCA